GUCAUCCUCCCUCCUCAGCGCCGGGGGUUGGUUGAGAGUCCGCGCGGUGGAGAGCGAACAACAGACUGACAGGCAGCAGCGCGUCAAGGCGAAGAUGGAGCAGCAUACAAGCGCCGUGGACUUCAACAUCUUGUUAGCUACUGACUCCUACAAGGUCACACAUUACAAACAGUACCCACCCAACACCAGCAAGAUGUACUCUUACUUUGAGUGCCGCGAGAAGAAGACAGAUCCUACCAAGCUCAGAAAAGUCAAAUACGACAAAACGGUCUUCUAUGGGCUUCAGUACAUUCUCCACAGAUAUUUAAAAGGACAGGUCGUCACACAAGAGAAGAUUCAGGAAGCAAAAGAGGUGUACCGGGAACACUUUCAGGAUGACGUGUUCAAUGAAAAAGGAUGGAAUUACAUUUUGGAGAAAUACAACGGUCACCUGCCCAUCGAGAUCAAGGCUGUGUCGGAGGGAAGCGUUAUCCCGCGUGGGAAUGUGCUGUUCACUGUAGAAAACACAGAUCCGGAGUGCUACUGGCUCACUAACUGGGUAGAGACUAUCCUGGUUCAGACGUGGUAUCCCAUCACCGUUGCGACAAACUCAAGAGAACAGAAGAAGAUUCUGGCCAAAUAUCUCAUGGAAACGUCAGGAAGCCUGGAAGGACUGGAAUAUAAACUGCACGACUUCGGCUACAGAGGGGUUUCAUCCCAAGAGACGGCUGGUAUUGGUGCAUCUGCACACUUGGUAAACUUCAAAGGAACAGACACCGUGGCCGGGAUCUGUGUAAUCAAGAAGUACUAUGGCACCAAAGACCCGGUUCCUGGUUUCUCAGUACCAGCUGCAGAACACAGCACAAUCACUGCCUGGGGAAAGGACCAUGAGAAGGAUGCUUUUGAACACAUCAUCAAGCAGUUCCCUUCUGUCCCCGUGUCAAUCGUCAGCGACAGCUAUGACAUCUACAACGCCUGUGAGAAGAUCUGGGGUGAGGACCUGAGGGGUCUGAUCGAGAUGAGGAGCGCAGACGCCCCGCUGGUGGUCCGACCGGAUUCAGGAAACCCUCUAGACACAGUGCUAAAGGUUCUAGAAAUUUUAGGAAAGAAAUUUCAUCCAGUUGAGAACUCUAAAGGCUAUAAGGUGCUUCCACCCUACAUCAGAGUCAUUCAGGGUGACGGUGUGGACAUCAAUACUUUACAGGAGAUUGUGGAGGGCAUGAAAGAGCACAGAUGGAGCAUUGAGAACAUCGCGUUUGGCUCAGGAGGAGCUUUACUGCAGAAACUGACCCGAGAUCUGCUCAACUGCUCUUUUAAGUGCAGUUAUGUGGUGACGAACGGACUGGGCGUAAACGUCUUCAAAGACCCUGUUGCAGACCCCAACAAAAGGUCAAAGAAGGGUCGGCUUUCUCUUCACAGGACGCCAAGUGGAGAUUUCGUUACUCUGGAAGAGGGGAAGGGUGAUCUGGAGGAAUACGGAGAGGACUUGCUGCACACUGUGUUCAGGAACGGGAAGAUUGUAAAGACGUACACCUUCGAUGAGGUCAGAGACAAUGCCAAGCUGAAGGAGAGCGAAUUGAAGGAUCUGCUGCUCUGAGUGUGUUUCCCAUCAGCCCUCUCUCCGUCCACACCCACCUGAGAGAACCUGCGUCCCGACAGACGCGAGGACACACAGUUACCCCAACGUUCAGUGUACAGAGCUGUUCUAUGUUUCUGUCUACUGACUCCGCUACGCUUCAGUGUCUCUUUCUAACAGCAGAUGAGAGCAGUUAUCAUGCUAUUUAAAUCAUUUAACUGUGUAUUUGACCAAGUGUGCUAUUGAUCACACGUCUUUGCAGGAAUGGAGACGUUUAUGUGUGCGUAUACCGCGAGAAGAUUUCGCUUUGCUUGACUGUAGGACUGAAAGGUAAUCGUUCUGUGUUUUUGUUGAAUGUGAAUGUUGUGUGUAGGGUUUAUCACUUUAUCAAAGGAUUGAUCUAUUCCUUUAUGCAAAGGAGACGGCUGAACUAGAGGGAUACUUUCGUUGGCCUUGUGAUUAUUUUAUGUUAUUUCUGGUUUUAUUUGAAUAAUGAAACCUAAGAGAGCAUGUUUAGGUCACAUUUCACCCUAAAAACAAAAAGACAAAAAAGAGAAACUUUAUUUUGCAUAAAGAAAUUAGCAUUUUUGCAUAAUUUCCAUGAUAUUUAAGCAUAUUUUACCACCAAUUCCCAUUACUAUACUGUGUCCAGAUGUUUUAAUUUUAUUUUUACUGUAAUUAUUGACAUUCUCAAUGGAGAUUCUCAUCAGUCAUUCUCUGAAAAUGUUACAUUUUGUUGCUGUAAUUUUUUUAAUUUCCAUAAGUUUUUUUUUUAAUUAUUUUUAAAAAUCUAAAUCAGCAUAAAUUAAAGGCUGUACAGUACACAUGCUGUGUAAAUACUGAAUAUAUAUAUAUAUAUAUAUAUAUAUAUAUAUAUAUAUAUAAACAGUUGCAUUAUAGUAAUAAUAGGAAUUUAUGGGCUUUAUUUCAUGAAAAAUAGUGUCACAAUGUAAGCCGUCUUAAUGGUCCUAAAAGUAGGAUUUGUUUUCUUUAUGUAAAAUAUAAUUUCUUUUGGUAUUUGAGGUGAAAUAUGAUCUGGACGUGUUCUUGACAGGAUUCAUCCAAAUAUAAUAGACCCUUUCCUUUCUGCGGAGAACAUUAUCCUGUUUUUCCAACAUGUUAAAUGAAUGCUACGUAAUGAUAUACAAUGUAAACCUGACCUAUUUAAGUCAACAAAUUUUUUUUUUUUUCUUUAUUACUCACUACAGAUCUUUAUUUGAAAACACCAGUUUUAUUAUACAGCGGGAAUCAUUUUAGAAGAGCUUGGUUUUACUGUUUUCUAUACUUAGUAUUUCAAAUUCCAGAAUCAUUAUUUUUAUGACAGACGUAAAUCGCGCCAGUUACCGUAGUAAAUAAACACAGUCAGAAUAAUGUGGCCAAACUGCCUCCUCUCUUGUAUAUAUAUCGGCGUGUGUGUUUGUUUUGAGAGAGCUGGCUUCUUAUUUGUCCAAAUAGAGAUCUGUUCUUAUUUUUGUCUAAUGCCCAUUUUGUACCAACAGAAAAUUCAUGUAUCCGUAACAUUCUGUGGAAGACUGAUAUCGCUCAGUCAGUCUCUGGCACGUCUGUUGAUAUGCAUGUGUGUGUGUGUGUGUGUGUGUGUGUGUGUGUGUGUACAUGUUUGAUUGACAAUACUUAUAAUUUCAUUGAUGUUUUUAUGUAUAUGUUGGGUCUCCCUUUUUCUUUCAACCUCUUGGGAUAUUUUAAAACUUAACAUGACCGAUGCCAUUUUGACAGAAUAUUAAAACAACGACAACAGUCCAUCCUUUUUGCUGAAAUGUUGUUAUUAUUAUUAUUUCUUUUCCUUUUUUAUGGAAUAGCGAAUAAGACGAAACCAUUCCCUUUUAUAGCUGCUGUAAGGACAGUAAACUGUUUCUCAAUGCACUAGCCUUCAAACUAGUAAUGAAAUCACUUCAUUUUGAUGACGAAUUUAAAACUGUGUUAAGGAAAAUUCGUGUGAAAGUUUAAAUAAAAAGCAAUAUCAUACCGA